GUAGUGCAUGACAUCAGUUGGCGGAUUUCCUCACAUUGCCUCCGUAAGGUCCGCAGUCGAAGCUCACCGUCUUACACCUACAAUCCCUAUGUCUCACAUGCAACCACUGUUUUGUCAGUUUUGACUCUUCGCUCAACGACGCGUGGCCCUCAGGUCUCUCCGUCUUCUUCACUCGAAUCUCAUCGAACUGUGCCCCUCAAUCGCGGCACAGCCGCAGCAUCGCCAAGAUAGGCCGCGGGCAUCAAGGGCCACGCCCAAACAAGGGCAAGCAAUUCAGCGACAUUGGCGAUUUUGACGACUACGACGACUUCCCCCUGCAAGGAAAGCAACGUCGCCCCAAGUCAAAGGCCAAAGGCAAACGAAGCAGGCGCAAAAUGGGUCAAGACCAGUCAUACAUCAGCGAGGACACCCCGCCCCUGACCCUGUCGGAGCGCAGCCUCGCCGCCGUUGCCGACUUCAUCAAGUCCGGCAAGGCUCGCCGCAUCGUCGUCAUGACGGGUGCCGGCAUCUCCACCGCAGCUGGCAUCCCCGACUUCCGCUCCCCAGACACAGGCCUGUACGCCAACCUGGCCGCGCUCAAUCUGCCCGAGCCCGAGGCCGUCUUCGACCUGACCUUCUUCUGCGAGAACCCGCGGCCGUUCUACGCCCUGGCCAGGGAGCUCUACCCGGGGGCGCGCUACCGCCCGACCGUCUCACACGUCUUCAUCGCCCUGCUCGCCCGCAAGGGCCUGCUGCACAUGCUGUUCACCCAGAACAUUGACUGCCUCGAGCGCGCCGCGGGGAUCCCGCCCGAUCGCAUCGUCGAGGCGCAUGGGAGUUUUGCCACGCAGCGGUGCAUCGACUGCAAGGAGCCGUUUGAGGAGGCGAGGAUGAGGGACUUUGUGGCGAGGGCGGAGGUGCCGAGGUGUGAGAGAGAUGGGUGUGGGGGGUUGGUGAAGCCAGAUAUUGUGUUCUUUGGGGAGGCGUUGCCGAGUGCGUUUUUUGAGCAGAUUGGCAAGGCCAAGGAGGCGGAUUUGAUUCUUGUCAUGGGGACGAGUCUGCAGGUGCAUCCGUUUGCGGGGCUGCCGAACAUGGCGGAUGAGAAGGUGCCGAGGGUGCUGUUCAAUCUCGAGCAGGUCGGGUCGUUGGGAACGCAAGCGGAUGACGUGAUGGUGUUGGGGGACUGUGAUGCUGGAGUGCGGAAGCUGGCAGAUGAGCUAGGAUGGAGGGACGAGCUGGAGAAGACGUGGAGGGAGUUGGUGGGUGAGGAAGAGGCCGAGAGGCAGAUGCAGGGGGCCAAGAAGAGGGUUGCUACGCUACAAGACGAGGUUGCCAAGCUGGCGGACGAGGUUGAGGAGGUCCUGCAUAUCGACGACCAUAAGAGCAGGAAAGGGGCGGAACACAAGGGCCUCCAAGGGGACAAAGAAAGUCCAGAGCCGAGGCCUGCUGGAGAUGUGGAAGGGAAAAGGGACGCACAGACGCAGCCUGACUCGGAGCCUGAUAAACAAAACAGCCCGCCGGCGACUGGCCAGGCGGGAAACCAGAGCUCGGGGGACGGAGAAGAGGUAGUUGACUUUGUGAAAUCUCAAAGAAAGGCGGCAUUGUAGAGCGCUCAGGCUGUUUGAUAGAUCAUAGUCCAGGCAGCUGGCGAAUCGCAUCGUUUGUGCUGAUUUGGAGAGGAAUCAAAAGUCGUUUCAAAC